GGACAUUUCUUAAUUAAUAAAGAUAUUUUAAUUCAAAUAAACUUUAUACAAAUUAACAUUAUAUAUACCAUGACUAAGAAGAUCAAUGAAAUAGAUAAACAGCGAGAAGCACGUCUUAAACGUGAAAGAGAACAAAAAUGUCAAAAAAGAUCAGAAGAGACCUUCAAGCAACGUGAGACACGACUUGUAAGGAUGCAUGAACGAAAAAAGGAAAGAAUAUCAAACGAGAAUAGUGAAGAAUAUGAAAUGCGCCUUACUUGUGAGAGAGAACAUAGGCGUAAAUCGCGUGUUCAAGUACUAACUCAAAGACGUAUGAAUAUACAACAUAAGGAGGCAGCAACGUGA